UCAUUGUCUGUAUCCUAAGCUCCCCAAAAACUGAACCGACGUGAAAAAAUAUUUGUAAAUAAAAAUAUGGUAAAAAAAAAAAAAAACUUGAAAUAAUAUAUUUAUUAUUUCACUUUUGGAAAGCUACGCUAAUCCCGUGUGACGUAGACUACACUUACUUUUAUUUCCAGGCUUUGCUUGGGUACGGCGAAAACCUCAAUAAGGCGCAGUGGCUGUGCGAGGGGACUGUGAUCAGCGAGAGAUUCAUACUGACGGCUGCACGGUGCACUACUGCGGGUACCCUUGGGACUGUAACAUAUGCUUCGCUGGGAGUCAGAAGUAAUGACAGACAUAAGAACACCCACAUUUACAAGAUCAAGAGGGUAUUUAAUCAUCCUAAAUACAACGAGCCGUCGUGGUACCACGACAUAGCACUUCUGCAAACUGAACAAGAAAUACAUUUUAACAGUGAACUCCUGCCUGCUUGUUUGGAUGUUGGUGCUCAUGAUACGUCAAUAGCAGAAACAGCUGGCAUUGUUGCAAGAUUUGCCAAUAAAAAUCAAAGUACCUCACGUAAUAUGGAAUCUGUAUACUUGGAUAAAAUGCACCGAUUGAAGUGCAAAUACAGAUAUAGACCGAACAAUAACCUACUGCACGGGUUUGACGUUUACAAGCAAAUGUGCUAUGAAGAGCAUAUUAAAACUGGCAAAACUUGCAAGCGUUUAAGUGGAAGUCCACUACAAGUGGAUCAGUUCAGAUGCCAAUAUACCGCCAUCGGCGUGACAGGCGAGGUCGUGCCAUGCGGGUCUUCGCGAGUUCCUGACAUUUUUACUAGGAUAUUCACCCACGUUCCCUGGAUCGAGAGCAUCGUGUGGCCAGAUGAAGACUGACAUUCGUAGCACAUCAAUAAAUUUACAUAGAUUUCUACUUAU